CGAUGAACCUGGGGUGGACCGGAAGUGGUUGCAAAUUCAAAUUCGGUUGUAAAGAUUAAGCUUUUUUUUUUUGUCUCCUCAGACGUGGUGGCUAACAGCGACAGAGAGCCAUUUAUAGAGCUUCACGUGGUGAAACGAAGGAUUUUUCCAAGUGGGUUGCACCUGAAGAUCACAGGUCCAUCGGAGAAUGGCACUGAACCAGGAUGAAAUAAUAGAAGGAAUGGAGAUUAAAAUGGAGGUGGAAGAAGUGGCAACCAAUACUGAAGUGCAGGUAGAUGUUGCUGGCAGUGAAGAGUCGGAUAAAGCCUUGUCCAAUAGUAAUCUCGCAACACCUAAAAGGGGGCGGGGUAGGCCACCCAAAUACGGAUCAGUCUCCAAGUCAGAUAAAUCCUUGUCUAAUGGUAACCCCUCAACACCUAAGAGGGGAAGGGGUAGGCCACCCACAUACGGAUCAGUCUCCAAGUCAGAUAAAUCCUUGUCUAAUGGUAACCCCUCAACACCUAAGAGGGGAAGGGGUAGGCCACCCACAUACGGAUCAGUCUCCAAGUCGGAUAAAUCCUUGUCUAAUGGUAACCCCUCAACACCUAACAGGGGAAGGGGUAGGCCACCCACAUAUGGAUCAGUCUCCAAGUCAGAUAAAUCCUUGUCUAAUGGUAACCCCUCAACACCUAAGAGAGGUAGACCUAAAGGAUCAGUGCUUAUGAAAACCAAGAUGCUGAAGGUGAUCGGCCUCGCGGCGGCUUGCCUACCCCGAAAACCAGAUGACCCCUCCCCAAAGAAGCAUGGCCCGCCCAGUAAAGUUGAAUCGACAAGGAAGAGCCUAACACCCAAGGGGGAAGAGGAUAGAAAACUGGAAAGCCAAGCAAGGCGGCCCCCCGGAAGUCCGAGUAUCUAUCCACGCAUUGAUUCUCCAGUCACUGAGCCCAGGGGAAGAGGUCGCCCACGCAAGACUAAGGUUGCCACCAAGUCCCCCAUCUAUGAUGGUCCCCCACGGAAAAGGGGCCGUCCCCCUGGUGCAGCAAACAAAGUUAAGAGGGGGGCAGAGCAGGAUAAGGACAACAGUGAACCUCCAGUCAAACGCUCCUUCCACGCCAAAGAAAAAAGCGAGGAAGCAGGAUUUCCACUAGUGGAAGAAAGUGAUCAGGAAGGUGAAACCGGGAGGGUGGAUCAAGAAAGUGAAGACCCCAAGAAUCCAGUUACCCCCAGUGACCCCAUAACACCUAACAGAGGUAGGCCGAAAGGAUCGGUCUCCAAGUUACUGGGUAGCCCCAUAACACCCAAUAGAGGUAGGCCGAAAGGAUCGGUCUCCAAGUUACUGGGUAGCCCCAUAACACCCAAUAGAGGUAGGCCGAAAGGAUCGGUCUCCAAGUUACUGGGUAGCCCCAUAACACCCAAUAGAGGUAGGCCGAAAGGAUCGGUCUCCAAGUUACUGGGUAGCCCCAUAACACCCAAUAGAGGUAGGCCGAAAGGAUCGGUCUCCAAGUUACUGGGUAGCCCCGUAACACCCAAUAGAGGUAGGCCGAAAGGAUCGGUCUCCAAGUUACUGGGUAGCCCCAUAACACCCAAUAGAGGUAGGCCGAAAGGAUCGGUCUCCAAGUUACUGGGUAGCCCCAUAACACCCAAUAGAGGUAGGCCGAAAGGAUCGGUCUCCAAGUUACUGGGUAGCCCCAUAACACCUAACAGGGGUAGGCCAAAAGGAUCGGUCUCCAAGUUACUGGGUAGCCCCAUAACACCUAAGAGAGGUAGACCUAAAGGAUCAGUGUUUACACAACCCAAGAUACUGAAGGCGACGGGCGAGCCGACGCGAGGCCAACCUCGAGAAGUGGUUGACCUCUCCCUUGAUAAGCAUGGCCGGCCCAGUAUAGUUCAAUUGAAAAGGGGAAGGGGAAGGCCAAAGAAGAUACUAACACCCGAUGAGGAAGAAGAGCUAAAGAAACUGGAAAGCCAACCAAGAAGACCACGCGGAAGGCCACGUAUCUAUCCCUGCGAUGAUCCUCCAGUCACUGAGCCCAGGGGAAGAGGUCGCCCACGGAAAAGGGGCCGUCCCCCUGGUGCAGCAAACAAAGUUAAGAGGGGGGCAGAGCAGAAUAACAACAACAGUGAACCUCCAGUCAAACGCUCCUUCCACGCCAAAGAAAAAAGCGAGGAAGCAGGAUUUCCACCAGUGGAAGAAAGUGAUCAGGAAGAUGAAACCGGGAGGGUGGAUCAAGAAAGUGAAGACCCCAAGAAUCCAGUUACCACCAGUGACCCCAUAACACCUAACAGGGGUAGGCCGAAAGGAUCGGUCUCCAAGUUACUGGGUAGCCCCAUAACACCCAAUAGAGGUAGGCCGAAAGGAUCGGUCUCCAAGUUACUGGGUAGCCCCAUAACACCCAAUAGAGGUAGGCCGAAAGGAUCAGUCUCCAAGUUACUGGGUAGCCCCAUAACACCCAAUAGAGGUAGGCCGAAAGGAUCAGUCUCCAAGUUACUGGGUAGCCCCAUAACACCUAACAGAGGUAGGCCAAAAGGAUCGGUCUCCAAGUUACUGGGUAGCCCCAUAACACCCAAUAGAGGUAGGCCGAAAGGAUCAGUCUCCAAGUUACUGGGUAGCCCCAUAACACCCAAUAGAGGUAGGCCGAAAGGAUCUGUCUCCAAGUUACUGGGUAGCCCCAUAACACCCAAUAGAGGUAGGCCGAAAGGAUCGGUCUCCAAGUUACUGGGUAGCCCCAUAACACCCAAUAGAGGUAGGCCGAAAGGAUCGGUCUCCAAGUUACUGGGUAGCCCCAUAACACCUAACAGAGGUAGGCCGAAAGGAUCAGUAUUUACACAACCCAAGAUACUGAAGGUGAUCGGCCUCGCGGCGGCUUGCCUACCCCAAAAACCAGAUGACCCCUCCCCAAAGAAGCGUGGCCGGCCCAGUAAAGUUGAAUCGACAAGGAAGAGCCUAACACCCAAGGGGGAAGAGGAUAGAAAACUGGAAAGCCAAGCAAGGCGGCCCCCUGGAAGUCCGCGUAUCUAUCCAUGCAUUGAUUCUCCAGUCACUGAGCCCAGGGGAAGAGGUCGCCCACGGAAAAGUGGCCAUCCCCCUGGUGCAGCAAACAAAGUUAAGAGGGGGGAAGAGCAGGAUAAGGACAACAGUGAAACUCCAGUCAAAUGCAACUUUCACUCCAAAGACAAAACAGAGGAAGCAGGAUUUUCACCAGUAGAAGAAAGUGAUCAGGAAGAUGAAACUGGGAGGGUGGAUGAAGAAAGUGAAACGGGGAAGAACAUAGAGAAGUCACCACAAAGCCAGUUACCCCCAGUGACUGUAAUAGCUUUAUCGGUGCCAUAAGCAGGAUAAUGUUUGGCAACAGCUCAGCCAGUGACGGUACACCUUUAUCUAGUUUGUAAAAAUGUGUGUGCCAGUACAGCCUGAUUUUUGAUAGAAAACUACAUGAUCAGAUGAGGGUGGCCUGUUAGGGUGAUCACUGUCAUGAACACACACAGAAAAAAAGAAAAAAACGCAGCUUGUAUAGUGUUGCUCCCAUGUUUCACGAGCUGAAAUAAAAGAUCCCAGACAUUUUAAAUACGCACAAAAAGCGACUCAAAAUUGUGCAAAAUGUGUGUUUACAUUCCUGAUAGUGAGCAUUUCUCCUUUGCUAAGAUAAAUCCAUCCACCAGACAGGUGUGCCAUAUCAAGAAGCUGAUUAAACAGCAUGAUCAUUACACGGCACAACCUUGUGCUGGGGACAUAAACGGCCACUAAAAUGUGCGGUUGUCGUCACAAGUUGAGUGUGCAAUGUUGACUGCAGCAAUGUUCACCAGAGCUAUUGCCCUAAUUUCAUUUUAUCGAUGGAAAUUUGAACGCACAGAGAUAGUGUGACAACAUCCUGAGGCCCAUUGUUGUGCCAUGUAUCUGCUGCCAUCACCUCAUGUUUCGGCAUGAAAAUGCACAGCCCCAAGUCACAAAGAAAUGUACACAAUUCCUGGAAGCUGUAAAUGUACCAGUUAUUCCAUGGCCGGCAUAUUCACCAGACAUGUCACCCAUUGAGCACGUUCGGGAUCCUCUGGAUCAACAGCAUGUUCCAGGUCCCGCCAAUAUCCAGCAACUUCACACAGCCAUUUAAGAGGAGUGGGACAACAUUCCACGGGCCACAAUCAACAGCCUGAUCAACUCUAUACGAAGGAGAUGUCACGCUGCAUGAGGCAAAUACAGACUGGUUAUGAGCCACACCCCCUGCUUGUUUUAAAGGUAUCUGUGACCAAAAGAUGCAUAUCUAUUCCUAGUCAUGUGAAAUCAAUAGAUAAAAAAGGUCUAAUUCAUUUAUUUCAAUUGACUAAUUUCCUUAUAUGAACUGCACUUCAUGUUGAAUUUUUAUUUUUGUUCAGUGUAGAUAUUGCAUUCACCUUUAUGGGGUUAAAAUGGUUGUUAUUUGGACUGUGCAACUUUCAAUUCAACAUCCCUAAAAAUGUAUCCAUUAAGACGUACAGAUACUCACUUCUGUGAGGGUUUUGUUCACUAAUAUUAUCCUUGUAGUUUUCUUAACAUUACUCAGAUCUUUAGGAUUUAGACUUCUGUACUUUGUUGGCUGUCAGUCCUGAUAACUACUUUUUGAUUGUACCUGGGCCCGGUUUCCCAAAAGCAUCUUAAGGCUAAGUUCGUAGUUAGAGCCAUAGGAUCCUAUGGUUCUCAUGAACUUAGCCUUAAAAUGCUUUUGGAAAACUGAGCCCAGAGGAGUAACAUUUCAAACGGGGACAGCUUGUGUGAGAUUUUUCUAGGUUAGUCUCAAUUGAGUCUUCACAUUUUAGUCAACAUUUUCUAUAAUCAUGUUAUCGUCUGUCGGUGACAUUUUAAUGUCUGAGGGUAGUAUGAAUGAGUUGUUUUCAUUUACAUUUAAGUCAUUUAGCAGACUAUUUUUCAGUGACUAAAUUGUGUAAGUUUACUGCAGUAAAAUGUCAGACUUAUUACAUUUGAUGGUUUUUAAAAUCUCAAUAAAAAGCUAAAAAAA